GUCGAACAUUAAAAUUUAGAAAUGCAUCUGCAAGAUUCAAGCUUUGGUCUUUUCUGAUUUUCUCUCUCAAGACUUGGGGAGCAGAGGAAGCAAUGAUGAAGCAUUUUUUGGUUGGGGUUGUUGUUGUUGCAUUUGCUUUUCUUGAAGCAGUUACUGGGUUCUUAGAUUUUAAUGAAACAGAGCUUUCUUUUAUUGAGGCUUACGAGCAUGGAGUCUCCAAACUCAAUUACAAUCCUCUCAUGGUUGGACUGACUCUUAUUCCGAGUGCUGGCGCUAAAGGAGCUGUCUGCCUGGAUGGAACCUUGCCAGGUUAUCAUUGGCAUCGCGGGUAUGGAUCAGGAGCUAAUAGCUGGCUCAUUCAGUUGGAGGGAGGAGGAUGGUGCAAUAACAUUAGAACUUGUGUCUACCGCAAAAAAACACGACAUGGAUCAUCUAUGUACAUGGAAAAGCAGAUACCAUUUACUGGAAUAUUGAGUGAUAAAGCUGAAGAAAAUCCUGACUUUUUCAAUUGGAACAGAGUAAAGCUUCGUUAUUGUGAUGGUGCCUCUUUUACUGGGGACAACGAAAAUAAGGAAGCCCAACUGCAAUUUAGAGGCCAACGUAUAUGGUUAGCUGCAAUGGAAGAUUUAAUGUUCAAAGGAAUGCACCAUGCAAAGCAGGCUCUUCUUUCGGGGUGUUCUGCUGGGGGUCUGGCAUCAAUUUUACAUUGUGAAGAGUUCAGCAACAUGCUUCCGAGAACUACUAAAGUUAAGUGUCUUAGUGAUGCUGGCCUAUUCCUUGAUGCGGUUGAUGUGUCUGGUGGUCACACCCUUAGGAGUUUAUACAGCGGCGUGGUGAGCUUGCAGGGUUUGCAACACAACCUGCCACGAAUAUGCACCAACCACCUUGAUCCAACUUCAUGUUUCUUUCCUCAAAAUCUAAUCAGCCAUAUACAAACUCCACUGUUUAUUCUUAAUGCAGCUUAUGAUUCAUGGCAGAUUCAAUCCAGUAUAGCUCCACCAUUGGCAGAUCCACAUGGUUAUUGGCAUGAUUGCAGGUUGAACCAUGCAAAAUGUUCUGCAUCCCAGAUCAGGUUUUUACAAGGCUUCCGGACACAGAUGCUUAAUGCUAUAAAAGGGUUCUCAAUGACUAGAGAGAAUGGAUUAUUUAUAAAUUCAUGUUUUGCUCACUGCCAAACAGAAAGGCAAGACACAUGGUUUGCUGAUGAUUCUCCUGAAAUUAGAAACAAGCCAAUUGCAAUAGCUGUUGGAGAUUGGUAUUUUGACAGAGCGAGCGUGAAGGCCAUUGAUUGUCCGUACCCUUGUGACAAGACUUGCCACAAUCUGGUUUUCAGAUUAGCCAAUUAUACAUAUUAGUUGGUUCGUACACAUGGUCAAGCUAGAAGUAGCUGCAGCAUCCUGCAAUUCAAUGAAAUCGGAUACAGGACAAUAAAAAGAGCAAGGUUGCUGGAAAAUGCAGGUGCAAUCAGCAAAUCUUCUUGUGAUGACUCUGUGCGAAAUAGCAUUGCCCAAUUUUUUCCCACUCUGCUGAAGUUAAUGCUUGACGCAUGUCCAACUUCAUUACAUCGGGUAUUGAUUCUAUGGACCUCGUGCUAAAUUGUUGUUUUAACUUUGCAAACUGCUACUAAUUGCCAAGCAGACGUUGAGGUUUGGGUUGGAUCAUUGACUUCUUUUAAAUCAUCAUUUUGAGAUUGGGUUGAUUUGGAUUUUUUCAAAUUCGUAAAACUUUUGCCGUUUCUAAUUACGCUUAC